AUGGAGGUCUCAAGCACUCCUCGACGACCUCACUAUCAACUCGGUGCCCUGUCCAACUUCAUCCCGCUCAGCGAAGAACCCAGUGCAGUGUCGACGCGCGGCCAACGCCUCCCGAGUCUGAUCCAGAGCCGGUCAACCACGUCGCUGUUUACUCUGCCGCGCCGACCACCAACACGGAGGGGCUCCGUCGCGAGCCACCGAUCCGGCGACGAUGAGGAGCAUGGUCUUCAUGAAGACUACUUUGAUUCAUUCGCCGGGGGCAGGUGGCGCCCCAGCACGCCCUCGGAAAUGGACCCUCGCCGAAUGAGUUUGGGUCCCGAGAUUCUCAUGACACCGCAGGUACGCAGUAUGCGACUGAUCGGGCAGAGCAACCCCAGAUAUCAGUGGCACCAGUACUUCAAGACCGAGGAAGAGCUGAAGGUGAUGAGGAGACCCAUCCGGAAAUACUACGAGCGGAAUAACUUUCUGGUCACGCAAUACCUCUAUAUCGACAAGCUGUUGGAUUCGUCGCUCCCCCAUAAUCUGAUUCAGGAGUAUGGCCAACCGCGAUCCAACGGCCAUAUGAACACCAUUUGUGAAGAGCCACCAUCUGGCAACAUGACUCCUGUGGCUGCACCAAAGGCCACUGAUUCGCCCACGGAGACCAAGUUGAAACGAACCCCGAAAAACUUGUACAAGCUUCCCAGCGAAGACACGCCCUUGUUACAAGGCGGCACAGAAGUGACCUCGGAGGCAGGUUUCCCGGAAAUCAGCUUUGACGAUAUCGACGAGGGCGUGGACUUGGACGAUCGGAUCGUAACCUUGGCAAUCUACAUAAAUCUUACAGCCAACAUCAUCUUGCUCGCCGGCAAAAUCGCCGUGAUUGUCUUGACUUCAUCGCUCUCUGUGCUCGCGUCACUUGUCGACGCGGCGUUGGAUUUUCUCUCUACCGCCAUCGUCUGGAUUACCACGAAACUCAUCUCGCGACAAGAUCAGUACGCAUAUCCAAUCGGCCGACGACGACUGGAGCCCGUCGGAGUCCUCGUUUUCAGCGUCAUAAUGAUCACAUCGUUCUUCCAAGUCGCCCUGGAAUGUUUCAACCGCCUGAUUUCAGGAGACCACAGAGUUGUGGAAUUGGGUAUCCCCGCCAUCGCAAUUAUGCUGGGCACGGUCGCCAUCAAGGGUUUCUGUUGGUUCUGGUGCCGGCUGGUGAAAAACAGCUCUGUGCAGGCCCUCGCGCAAGAUGCUGCCACCGACGUGGUCUUCAACACCUUUUCCAUCAUUUUCCCUCUCGUCGGCUUUUAUUUCCAGAUCUGGUGGCUUGACGCGUUGGGCGGUCUGUUCUUAUCCUUCUACGUCAUCUUCAACUGGACCAGAACCAGUGUCGAGCACGUCCGGAAUCUGUGCGGUGUUUCGGCCACCGCGGACCAGCGCAACGUUUUGCUCUAUCUCGCGAUGCGCUUUGCCAAACCCAUCCGCUACAUCCAGGGGCUGCAGGCCUAUCAUACGGGCGACAAGCUCAAUGUGGAGGUCGAUAUUGUUCUUGAUGAGAAUAUGAGCUUGAGAGACAGUCAUGAUUUGAGCGAGAGUCUGCAGUAUGUGCUAGAGAGCGUGCCGGCUGUGGAUCGCGCGUUUGUGCACGCCGACUAUGCCGACUGGAAUCUGCCGAGUCAUAUGAACCAGCAAGGUUGA